UGGUCACUCAUGGUAGGGCACCGUUUAGUAAAAUUACUAAAACUUUUGUCUCCUUGUAGCGCUGUGUGCCUCAACUCUCUCAGUGCUUAAGUUUCCCAGCUCCAGUGAAGCAUGCACAGUGCUAGCAGAUGUGAUCUUCUCCAGAUCUUUAGCCAGCAAAACAUUUUUUCACCAACUAAAAAGAUUGACUUGGAAGUUCUCCAAACGAGCAGCAUAUGGUACCCGAACAGACCUGAAGUACUUCUCCUAUCUCACUACCUUCACCCCCUCCUCUCCGCUCAGCAGGCCUGCCAUCUGCCUCCCUCUCUGGUGUCGCUUUCCCUUUGGCCCUGGUCUCCAGUUAUGGUGCUACACAGAGCUAUCCAGGCAGCCCGAAGUGGGGAACUUUCAACCUUGAAGGAACUUGCAUCGUCUGGACAUCUUUCCGCUGCCGUUGUAGAUGCACAAGGAGCUGGGCCGGUCCACCACGCUGCAAGAUGUGGACAGCUUGAGUGUGUUCAGUAUCUUGUCAGGGAGUUUGGUCUUCAAGGAGAUGCCCGGGCUUUAAAUCUCGCCACGCCAGCUCAUGAUGCGGCCGCAACUGGACAUGCAAGAGAGAUACAGUGGCUAAUAGAACAAGCAGGAUGUAAGGUAGAGGACAGAGAUGCAGCAGGUGCGUCUGCCCUGCACUUGUCUGCUCGGUUUGGGUGUGUGGAUGUGACCCAGUGGCUCCUGUCGGCAGGUGCAGCAGCUGAGGCAGAGACCCACUGUGGGGCUUUACCUGCUCACUACGCUGCAGCCAAGGGAGACCUGACCAGUUUAAAACUACUUAUUCAAAAGGCACCCAGGACAGUGAAUUAUCAGACAGGGCUGGGUGCCACUCCCCUGUACUUGGCCUGUCAGGAGGGACACCAGCCUGUGGUUCAGUUCCUGGUGGAGGAGUGUGGAGCGGACGUGAACCUCAGGGCCUAUGAUGGGAUGAGCUGCCUGCACGCUGCUGCUCACCUGGGGCACCAUGACAUCGUGUUGUGGCUGGUGACGUGCACCAAUGUGGACCUCUGUGCUCAGGACAGAGAAGGUGCCACUGCCCUACAUUUUGCUGCCAGCAGGGGGCACUAUUGUAUCUUGGAGAGACUGCUACACGUGGGCUCAAAGGUCAUGAAAGAUUACUGGGGAGGGACUCCACUGCACGAUGCUGCAGAGAAUGGAGAGCUUGAGUGCUGUAAGCUGCUGCUGGCCCAUAGAGCAGAGCCCACAGAGAAGGAUGUAGAUGGCUUCACGGCUGCAGACCUGGCAGAGUACAACGGGCACAGUGAAUGUGCCAGAUAUCUGCGAUCCAUGGAGAGAAAUGUCUCGUGCGCUGAUAAACCCACUGAGGUCAGUGCUCCAUCGGAAGAGGAAGUGAAGUCCAAGCCAGUUUCGGUGCAGCGAAGCAAAGCGGACUACUACGGCUACCUCGGAAACACAUGUGGCAACAAUAACACCAACAACAAAUCCAUGGAUAGUUUAAAGCAACCUGAGAGUGAGGACUCUCCCCAGGCCAGGUAUCCUAUGUCCUCAGACAGUUCUGCUCAGUCUGGGGGCGUUGUUCUUGAGAAGGCCUUUUCCAACAAAAUUGAGCAGAUUCAAGUCUCCACAGCUGUUAUUAAAGGUUUUAAUCAGCCCAAAAGUGGUGGGAGUGAGAAGUCUGUUCUGGAUGAUAAGGGCCCUGAUGCGUGCCUUCUGGGGGGAAACAAACUCCUUGGAAAGUCCAUCACUUCCCUCAAGCAAUCUGGGUUAUCAGGAGCCUUCACUGGACAAGCUAAUAAAAUGGUAGUCCUGCCCACCGAGGAAGCGAACCUGUCUGAUAUCGACUACCUGGUGCCCACCCAUGAUGAGAGGGGGCGUCCCAUUGCGGAGUGGAAGAGACAAGUGAUGGUUCGGCAGCUUCAGGCGAGACUGCUUGAUGAGGAGGACCAGAGGAGGAAGGAAAACGGGAACAAAUAUGCCAAAGUGAGCUGGAGGUACUCUCAAGCCCACAAUGCCAUCCUGGGUCCCUCUGGUGAACUGCUGACUGAGGAUGACCUUAUUUAUCUGGAACAACAAAUUGCCAAUGUCUCGAUGCAAAGGAACUGUGCCGGCUAUGAACUGGAGCUAGCCCGUCUGGCGGAAGAGCUACGUCACAUUUUGCCUGCCCCUAUCGUCAACAUCACCGUCAACACUCAAUUCAGAAACUUCCCCAGUCAAGUCCCCUUACCUGUGUGGUGCGGCCGCAUUUCUGGCAUUGUCCAAAGCAUGUCCCUUCUUAUGACCAAUUUAACAGACCAGCCUUACUGCAAAAUGCCCAAUACUGAACUUACCACAGUCUUCUCCCAGACGCCAGAUAGGCAAACCUUCACAAGGGGGCGACGAGAGAGCAGGGAGAGGGUUGAAGGUGAAAUUCAACAAUUUGGCGUCUCUGUGAGGAACCUAAAGUCAAAUUUUGAGACGCAAACAAAAAUUGACAAGGUGAUAACAGAAAAUACGGAUCAACAGGAGCAACAAGAGCAGCAAGAGCAACAUGAGCAACAGGAGCAACGGGAGCAACAGGAGCAACGGGAGCAUCGGCCUUUAAUAGGAACUGGCUCACUACUUCAAGCGUCUCAAUUCAAAAUGCUUCCAAAAGCUCUUAGUGCUUGUCCCGAAAUGGACCAAAACAGUGACUCAGGCAUUGACCAAGACGACAAUCUCUCUGACGUGCAAGAAACAAAUAGUCUGAGAAAGGAGCGUAUUGUAGUGCUGUUCUUGGGGCACUGGAAGAAGUCGGCCUACACGAUUACAGAGAAAAACAAGGAUACAGAGGAGAGGAAGAACAGCGCAGGGAACUUGACCAUCGAUGAUAAAACUUCUCUGAGUCGCAGGGGAAGCAUGGAGAACACAAAGAUGAUGAACAGUUCACUCGGACACUUCUUCCAGCAGAGGAGAGCCGUCAACAAGAUGCUCGGGAGCUGGAGGAACAUGAUCUCUAGCGUCCCCUCCAGGCAGAUACGCAGACUUCACAAGCAGCAGGCCCUGUACUCUCCAGAACAGUUCUUGCCCCGAGUGGACGGCGUUCCUGUGGAGUACGACAAACUGACCCUUGACCUCUUCAUGCUGGGAUACUUCCACAUCCUGGAGCUGGAGCUACCUGUGGACGAGCGCAAAAUGAGGCACCUUCUCUGCUUCGAAGUGUUUGAUCAUGUGGGCAGUUUUCCCUGGGAGACUGUCCGGGACUUCCACAAGGCUGUCAUUCAGGAGAUAGAGGCCGGGAACAGGGAAUGGAAAGACGGAUUUGAGGACAUUAAAGUCAAGUUCUUUGGAAACACAGUGAGUCCAUCUGAAAACAACACAGAGGUGGUCAAACAUACUCUUCCAGAAGUUAGACAGGUACCAAAAGUCAUUGUCCAAACUCCAACACCAGACGAAUCAAUGCUCUAUAGAGGGACUGACAUCUCCAGUUUCAGCAAUGAGGAGAUUUGUAAAUACAUUGACCGCAGUUUUGCUUUUUGGAAAGAGAGAGAGGCAGAGAUUUUUGAUUUUGAGUAGAUUUCUUUUUGAUAUUCUUGCUGAACAACUUAAGGGCUGGGCAUCAAACAAGUCAUUUAUGUAUUUAUGAAAGUUGACAAUGAAUGUUUGGCCAAAAUCUGGCUUUGUUUACUUGUUUAUAAUUCCAGAACUUUGUUAUGAUUUUUGAGGAUUUUUUCACAAAGAAUUGCAUUUAACUGUGAUGGAACUCAGGUUUACAUUGGCACUAAUAUUGAGUACUUCCAAAAUUCCCAGCCCUUUUUCUAACGCCAGAGUGUAUUUGAUUAUAAAUGAGUGUAUGUGUGCUGUUCUGUUCAUUAUUAUGUUUGAGUACAUUAAUGACACCUGUACU